AUGCCCAAUCUCGAACUUGGCCGUGGCGCAAACGAAGCGUUCUCCCUUCCCCUCCACGUGCAACGAUUCAGGACUUUUAAGGACCUCUUCAUUAUGGCUGAAUUGUCUCCGGACGACACGGCGCCUGUUACUGCUGUUGAUUCUACUUUAUCCCGAGGCUCUGAAGAAUCGGAACACUCGGCCAACGCCAGGCCUUGCGAUGCCUCAACAGCCAAGGCCAUUGUUGAUAUCGCCAGCUUCUUAGGCGGUGGGAGGAACCCACCUUUGACUAUCCAAGAUUUACUUGCUGUAAUGGAAAGAUUGAGCCUGGCACUGAGUACAGCUUCGGACCGGGUGUCCGACCAAGAAGUUCGAGGAGCGUCAACGGCCCGUCUCAGCAGCGCAGACCGCAGCGUCAUGGAAUCGAUUUGUUGGAAGGAAGCUCAACGGCUCGAUGAAAUCCAUGAGGGGAGGGGCCUCAAAGGUGACAAGAAUGAAAUCUUGAACCUCAUCGCUAACAAUUUUGUGAACUUUCCGCACUGGACUUACCAGGGUCCAAUCUUCCAAUUCCAUCUGCGCCCCGAAUCAAAAUCGUGGGAUAGACCCUGUGACCGUGUGGUCAUGUCCAAACACAGCGAGCAGCAAUCGAUUCAUAAGAUUUUUACGCGGUUCAAGGCACAACACGACUGUGAACUGAUGCCUGGUAUCCCCACUCAAUGGUGCCCGCCACAGGACGAUCCAAGAGUUGCCCCUGGCGCUUUGAAGCACGCUGCAGGAAAUAUCUGGUGGAUAACCGAUGACCCGAAAAGAAGCCAGAGCUUCGGCGUCGGCCUCGACCGCGGUCGUUCCAGAACGAUGGACAUCAAUGCUAUUGCUUUCCUCGCAGAGUGCUUUUACAAAGACUGUCCGGGCGAAAGCAGACGGAAUGAGGAUCAAGCUUUUCAACAAUUCAUCGUAUCGUUUUCCAACAUAUCCCACCAUUUGGCGAAACGGUCUCUGCACAGAGUCUAUUUCACGGGUAGCUCCGGACUUCCCCGUUUGGCAUUGCAAUAUCAUUCAAGCCACCUCGCGCCUGUCGGUUGCGGCGAGAAAUCGCAUGAGGACCAGCAUUUCGCAGAACGUAUCUUGUCGAUAUCAUUGACGAUGAACCAGCAUGGGACCUUUCAACUCGUCGCUCUUGGCGACAUAGACGCCAACGUGGACACUGAUGAGGACAAAGAAUAUGCAUUUAGGAAGGAUAAGAAAACCUUGAAUCUCGACCUCUAUGCUCUGGGAAAAGAGACCGGUCUGACCCAUUUUCUUAUUGCUCUGAUAUGGCUGAUGGAGACUUGGAAUCAAGGCUGGAAUGACACUUUGGAUGGAAUCGACGAUAUUAUUGGCUUCCAUGUAAGUUCGGGUGCAGAAGACCUUCCUACCCAGCCAUUGAUCAAUGCCCAUGGUGUUGACAUUGAUGUGCUCAUGACUUGA